UCACCUGCUGAGCUAAGCAGCGGAAAGAGGAAGACUGCUGGUGAAUUAACAUGCAGCUGUUAUCUUAACAUGGUGAAUUUGCUUUGGGCCUGAGGACUGAAUUAUCAAACACCUGGCGUCACCGCCAUGUCUCUGAAACUGCCAGGAAAAUGGGAUUUUUCCUUGAAAUCUGACUUUGCACGUAAAGCGGUCCGAACGGUCAGCAUGAUGACCAGUGACCAAAGCUUGUCAGCUCGGCACCUUCACAAUUCCUUGGAGAAGCCGGUGAAAAGCGGCUGGUUGAAGAAGCAACAGAAGAGCAUAGUUAAGAACUGGCACAACAGAUAUUUUGUCCUAAAGGGGCAGCAUCUCUGGUACUACAAAGAUGAGGAUGACCAGAAACCGCAGGGCUUUCUGUUUUUACCCAGAAGCUCAGUUAGUGAGGUCUCCUGUAACCCUGAUGACGUGGGGAAAUACAUCUUUGACAUUAUUCCAGGGUUAUCUCUUGACCCCAACAAGCCUGUUCCAGAUGGCUACACCCUUAUGGCUGGUUCAUCGACUGAGAUGGAGGAAUGGGUGAAGGCCAUCAAAAAAGCAGCUGGAUUUCCAUCAGGAGCUGUGUUUGGCCAGCGUCUCGCAGACACCAUAGUAUAUGAAAGGAAGUAUGGAAGGCACUUGGUCCCCUUAUUGAUGGAAAAGUGUGCAGACUUUAUCCUGGAGAAUGGCCUGAAUGAAGAAGGGAUAUUCCGUCUCCCUGGACAGGAUAACCUGGUCAAACAGCUAAAAGAAGCUUUUGAUGCGGGAGAGCGACCAUCAUUUACCAGUGAUACAGAUGUCCAUACAGUGGCUUCUUUGUUUAAACUCUACCUGAGGGAGUUGCCGGAGCCAGUUUUCCCUUGGUCGCAGUAUGAGGACUGUCUUGCUUGUGAAAAUACUAUGAACAUUGAUGAGGAGAAGGGUCAUGAAGAACUUCGAAAACAAAUAAUGCUUCUUCCUAAAGAAAAUUACAAUCUCCUUUGCUUUAUAUGCAGAUUUCUUUACAAAGUACAAAAUAAUUCCAGUGUAAACAAGAUGAGUGUAGAAAACCUAGCCAUGGUGAUUGGCGUCAACCUUCUAAAACCAAAGACAGAGGACCCAGUGGCCCUAAUGAGAGGAGCUCCUCAGAUCCAGAAGCUGAUGACAGUCAUGAUCAGCCUCCAUGAGAAGUUCUUUCCUAAAACCAAUGAUCAGCCUCCAGAACCUGCUUCCCAGAAGAACGAUUUCAAAAUGGGACAGGUGCCACGCAGUUCAGUAGGCUGGGAUGCUGCUGAAGAAAGCUUUUCACCUUCAGGAGAUCCUCCUAUAGUUCAUGGGAAAAACACAAGUGAUUCCCGUGGUUCCUCCACCUCUGAAGAUAGUACGUCCCUUAAUGAAGACCAUUACUCCUUGCUUACAGACAACUCAGAAUCAUGGAGUACAGCUACUAGAAAACGGACUCAAACUCUGCCUAUUACAAACUUUAAUAUGCCCAGAAAACAAGAUGACAGCAGUACCAGCACUUUUAACAAAGCAGACUUUUUUGCCAGUGAUUUUUGGGGGUCCCCAAAUGGAAAGUCAAAUUUAUUGUCAUCUCCUGGCCACAAGCGGACCCUUUCAGAGGAAUUUUCCCAACAGCGUAUAUCAACCUAUGAUAAUGUCCCUAUACCUCAAAGUGGCAGUGAUAGCAGCAAACUGUAUAGCUCUGGUGCCGAAAGUCCUGUAACUAAGGAAAGUAAAGAACCUAAUAAACUCAGUUCUGGCGUCCUUAGAAAUGGCGUAGAUUGCCUUGUUCCUGAGAAUAGUGAAGGCAACAGUUGUGGCUUGUUGGUCAAUGCACUGGAGGAAAUGAAAGUUCACAAGAAACAACUUCAAGAAAGAGUGAAAAGCCUAGAAAAAGAAAACUUUGAAGUGUGGAAAAAAGUAGUCAAAUUAAAUGAAGAUAUGGAAAAAGAACAGAAUCAGCGGAAGGCUCUAGAAAUCACAUUGCAGAACAUGGAGCGAUCACGAAAUGACGCAGAGAAGAGAAACAAGCUCCUGGAGCAGGAAAUCCAAGGCUUUGUGAGAGCAAUGAGCCAAGCGGGAAACAAGCCGUAAUAGAU